AUGUAUCGCUCGUGCAUCCUCGACACCAACAAUUCAAAGCUCCUGCCACUAACCGAUCCGAAGAUCAGUGGUACUGCUAAUUCGAAGGUCAUUGACAAGGACCAUGCAGAGAAACUGCAACUUCUGUCCCAGUUGACUGAGCGGCGCAGGCAGCUGAUCCGCAACUCGUUUCCUCACUCCAAGCAAACCAUCAACGACUGCGGAUCAAUGGCUUUCUGCCGGCAAGUCGCACUGCAUAUGACAUAA